UAAAAAAACAACAAAAAAAAAGAUUCAACUUUGAGGAGCCAAAUUUCAUUAAAAUGGCACGGAGGAGGGGUUCAGAUAUCAAGGCUCUGCCAGAGUAUGAGAAGAGUCAGAUCAAGAGGGCUCUCGAACUGGGAACCGUGAUGACGCUAUUCAACUACAAGAAGUCUCAGCCCGAGCGGAGGACCGUCCAAGUGAUAAUGGAAACGUAUCAGGUGGCUUGGAGUAAGACAGCAGACAAGAUUGAAGGAUUCCUGGACCUUUCAGAAAUUAAGGAAAUCCGGGCUGGGAAGAACUCAAAGGACUUUGAACGCGUGAAGUCCACUCGUUUGAAAGAGGAGUGUUGCUUUACCAUUUUCUAUGGGAGCCAGUUUGUCCUUAACACCUUGAGCUUAGAAGCCGAUUCGCCCGAAGAUGCUCACAAAUGGAGUUGUGGUUUGAGUAUCUUACUUGACGAAGUUGCUUGUGCCCCUACCCCAGCAAUAAUAGAAAGUUGGUUGAGAAAGCAGAUUUAUUCCGUGGAUCAGACAAGAAGAAAUAGUAUUAGUAUCCGGGAGCUGAAGACAAUACUUCCACAGGUCAAUUUCAAAGUCGGUAGCCUGAAAUCCCUGAAAGACAAGCUGGUGGAGAUCGGAGUUCCAAAGGAUGAACUCAGCUUCGAACAUUUUCACCAGUUCUACAAGAAACUGAUGUUUGAACAGCAGAAGUCUAUCUUGGAUGAAUUCCAGAAAGAUUCCUCCGUGUUUAUUUUGGGAAACAUCGACCGCCCAGAUGCCUCGGCUGUGCAUUUGCACGAUUUCCAAAGGUUUCUGCUUCACGAGCAACAGGAAUCCACAGCUCAGGAUCUCAAUAAAAUUCGAGAACGAAUGACAAAAUUUAUAGAUGACACAAUGAGGGAAACAGCAGAGCCUUUCCUUUAUGUGGACGAGUUCCUGACUUAUUUAUUUUCUAAAGAAAACAGUAUUUGGGAUGAGAAGUAUGACGAAAUCUGCGUGCAGAAUAUGAACAACCCGCUGUCGCAUUACUGGGUCGCUUCCUCACAUAAUACAUAUUUAACAGGAGACCAGUUGCGAAGCGAGUCCUCCACUGAAGCCUACGCGCGAUGCCUGCGCAUGGGCUGUCGGUGCAUUGAACUGGACUGCUGGGACGGUCCUGAUGGAAAACCAAUCAUUUAUCACGGGUGGACGAGGACCACUAAGAUUAAAUUUGAUGAUGUUGUACAAGCUAUUAGAGACCAUGCCUUUGUUACAUCCGAAUACCCGGUCAUUCUCUCCAUCGAGGAACACUGCUCAGUUGAACAGCAACGGUAUAUGGCCAAGGUCUUCAAAGAGGUUCUAGGAGAUCUUCUCUUAACGCGGCCAGUCGAGGCGUCCGCCGAUCACCUGCCUUCGCCCACACAGCUGAAAGAGAAAAUAAUCAUCAAGCAUAAGAAACUGGGGGAUUCCACUAACAACAGCGACGACCAUAAGGAGGAAACCAAGUUACAAGGCGAGCUGUUCAUGUGGGACCCGAUUGACCAGAAAUGGUCUUCCCGGUACUGCGCGAUAGACGGCGACAAACUUGCUUACGGAGAUGAGAUAGAACAGAAUACCGACGACACAUCGACGCCCAAGAAAACAUCAGAUCUACAUUUGCAAGAGAAAUGGUUCCACGGGAAGAUGUGGGAAGGACGCUACACGGCUGAGCGGCUGCUCCAAGAAUACUGCGCCGAAAUGGGGGGGAAGGACGGGACCUUCUUAGUGAGAGAAAGCGAACGCUACCGUGAUGACUACACCCUUUCCUUUUGGAGGAAGGGCCGGGUUCAGCACUGCCACAUCCGUUCCUUCACAGACGGGGAUAAAGUGAAGUAUUACCUCACCGACAACCUGACGUUCGAUAGCAUCUAUGAUCUGAUUCAACACUACAGAGAAUUCUCGCUGCGCUGUGCGGAGUUUGAACUGCGGUUAACCGAUGCGGUUCCAAAUCCCAGUCCGCACGAAUCCAAAGGAUGGUAUUACAAUAACCUGAGCCGUGGGGAGGCUGGAGAUAUGUUACUGAGCAUUCCUCGGGAUGGAGCCUUUUUAAUACGCAAGAAAGAAGAACCCAACUCCUACGCCUUGACUUUCAGGGCGGAGGGAAAAAUAAAACACUGCCUGAUCCAAAAGGAAGGGCGCCUGUUUGUACUCGGGACAUCGGCGUACUUUGAAAGCCUGGUGGAACUUGUAAACUACUAUGAGAAACACCCAUUGUACCGGAAGAUGAAGCUGCGUUAUCCGGUCACAGAGGAACUGCUGAAAAGAUAUAGCAAAGAAAAAGACUUCAGUGCCAUUUAUGAUGUGAAGAGUAAACUGUAUGUCGACCCAGAGGAAAUAUCCCCAGCCAUGCCGCAGGGCACCGUGAGAGCCCUGUACAAUUAUUCAGCCAAAAGACCGGAUGAGCUGACAUUCUGCACCGGUGCCCUGAUCCACAACGUCACAAAGGUCUCCGAGGGAUGGUGGAAGGGGGACUACAGAGAUAAGAUUCAACAAUUCUUUCCUUCAAAUUACGUGGAAGACAUAUCGGCCAACAAUUCAGAGAUAUUUGCUAAUCAGAUUAUCGAGGACAGUCCUUUAGGGUCUCUGUGCCGGGGGAUCCUGGAUCUAGAAACAUACGACAUCAAGAAGAUAACGCAAGGGAAGUACAACAAACAAUUUGUUUUCUCACUGGAUCCCAAAAACCCGGAGGAUCCGCCUGUUGAUUUUGCAACAGACACGGUGGAAGAGUUGUUUGAAUGGUAUCAGAAUAUCCACCAAAUCGCGCUACAAAAAAAAAUAAGAGAUCAGGAUAAUAGCACUACGAGCGGGAAGAAGAACCAGACCAUUGCCAGGGAACUGUCGGACUUGGUCAUUUAUUGCACGCCAAAAAACAGUGAAGCCAAAUACAAUUUAGAAAAACCGGAUUACCGGGACAUACGAUCUUUUGUGGAGAACAAGGCAGAAAGUAUCGCUAGACAGAAACCCAACGAUUUGCUUCAGUAUAACAGGAAGGCCCUGACAAGAGUUUACCCAAAAGGCCCAAGAGUGGACUCCUCGAACUACGACCCUUUACAUCUCUGGCUGUGCGGGGCGCAAAUGGUCGCUCUCAACUAUCAGACCCCAGAUCGGUUCAUGCAGAUAAACAAUGGCAUGUUUGGUUACAACGGACGCUGCGGCUACAUCCUUCAACCAGAGUGCAUGCGGGAAGAUGCUUACGAUCCGAGCGGUUCCAGAAGGGAGCCUCAGAUAGUGCUUACUAUAAAGGUCAUAGCUGCUCGUCAUUUGCCAAAACCCGGCCGAGGCAUCGCGUGUCCUUUUGUAGAAGUUGAGAUUUGCGGUGGAGAAUAUGACAACAGCAAAUUCAAAACAAUUGUUGUUGAUGACAAUGGGCUGAAUCCGGUGUGGCCUAUAAUCCAGCAAGCAGUGUUUGAGAUCCAUGAGCCAAACCUGGCGUUCCUCCGCUUCGCUGUGUAUGAAGAAGACAUGUUCAGUGACCCAAACUUCUUAGCUCAGUAUACAGUUCCCAUUAAAGGAAUAAGAACGGGUUACAGGUCAGUUCCACUUAAGAACGGUUACAGCGAAGGCAUUGAGCUUUCCUCCCUACUGGUGCACUGCCACAUAGAGAAAAACCGGGGGAACCAAGAAGAACUGUACUCCUCCUCCCAACAACUCCGGCGGAAGAUCGACCAGAAUAACGAACUGUUUCUGUACGACACCCACCAGAACAUACGGAACGCGAGCCGGGAUCAGGACAAGAGAUUGAAGGAGAAGAGCGUCAGUAACAGCAAAUUCUACUCCUAAAGGACGCGUUGUAUGGUUCAAGCGCUGUAUGAGCAUAAAGCUGAAUACAGAAUAGACAGACUGAGAAAUGUACAUAGCCUUUAAUGGAAAUUCACCUUUUUUGUACAUUCUGGAAUUUUUUGCUAUACAUAUCCAAGGUUUUCAUUUCAAGAUCUAACACAGACAGUACAAGAAUAACCAAGACAGCAACCUAUUUCAAGAUAAACACCAU